AUGCAUCGUACAUACUCCAUGAGAUCGUCGAGGGCGCCAACUGCGACCCAAUUGGCGACUCCUCCACCUCCACCAUCGUCUACUAAGGGUAAGUUCUUUGGUACUACUUCCAUUGCCAAUGCGUUCAGGAAACAAGCUGCAGGUUCGUUUGGUCCAGAAAUGGCUAGAAAGUUGUCCCAACUGAUCAAGAUUGAGAAGUCAUUGGAGAGAUCCUUAGAGGCUGUCUCUAAUGAACGGAAAUUGGUUGCAAAGCAAUUGUCUCUUUGGGGGGCUGAUAAUGAUGAUGAUGUCUCUGAUGUCACUGACAAGAUUGGUGUGUUACUCUAUGAGAUUGGUGAAUUGGAAGACCAGUUUAUUGAUAAGUAUGACUUGUACAGAAUCACAUUGAAGGGAAUCAGAAAUAUCGAGGCUUCUGUUCAGCCUUCAAGGGACCGUAAAAUUAAAAUCACUGAUGAAAUUGCCCAUUUGAAAUAUAAAGAUCCUCAAUCUCCUAAAAUUGCCGUUUUAGAGCAAGAAUUAGUGAGAGCAGAAGCAGAAUCAUUGGUUGCUGAAGCUCAAUUAUCAAAUAUCACAAGAGAAAAAUUAAAGGCUGCAUUUAAUUAUCAAUUUGAUUCAUUACGUGAAUUAACUGAAAAGAUGGCUCUUAUUGCAGGUUAUGGUAAGGCUCUAUUGGAAUUACUGGAUGAUUCUCCUGUUACACCUGGUGAAACUAGGCCUGCCUAUGAUGGUUAUGAAGCUUCAAAGCAAAUUAUUAUUGAUGCUGAAAAUGCAUUAACUUCUUGGACUUUGGAUAAUUCCUAUUUAAAGGAACCAUUAUUAUCGAUCCAUCAAGGUGUCGAUGACGUUUAUACUGUUCCAGAAGGUGUCACUGAAGGUGAAUGGGUUGAACAAGUUGAUGAAGAUGAAGAUCAUCAUCACGAAAAUGAACAUGAAGAUGAGAAUGAACAUGAAGAUCUUGCCCAAGAUGAAGAAGUUGUUGAACAUUGA